AUGAAGGAUCAACAGCGGUGGAGAUGGUACUGGUCGUGCUGGUUGCUGAUACUGCUACACUCCUGUUACUUCGCUUCCUGUUGCAGUGCGGAUCGUGUGGUAGAUACGAAAAACAGCCGCGUCUGGGGACCGGGUGUGGAGAUACCGGACCGGGCCACUCUUCCGGCGCGCUACUUUUUCAUCGAACCAAGAGACGUAAACAAUCAAAAAAUCAAUGAAUCUCAAAAGUACGACGUACACAUCAUUGGCCAGUCACGUUUCGGGUCUUGCCGGUACCGUUUGAAUCAAAUCGAUCGUCACGAUGGCUCGACCAUCGUACGCUACAGGCUGGCGGAAUCUUGCAGUGACGUCACGAUACACGUGCGACAUAAUGAAGUCCAUCUGAAUGGUUCUCCGUUCGCCAUACCUGGGACACUUUACUCCGAACAAUGCUACUGUCCGCAAGGUUCCGUCGAUGAGUGGCUCGAAACGGUCGGAUGUCCUUCGGGCGAUCCGCAGAUCGAUAUGGAUCUGAUUCCAUUCCGAGCGAUCAAUUUCUCCAGCCUGCGCACAAGGAUGAUCCAGCAGUACGAUAAACCGGGCAGCAUUUCACAUUGCAACUACGUGAUUCUACGGAAUCAAGUCCAUCGCCGUUGUUAUGGCCAACACACGGGCUUUAGUAAGUUUAUGGACACAAUCUUGCUUUCGUUGGCACGGAAGUUUACACUGCCGGAUAUGGAAAUGUUUGUUAAUCUGGGUGAUUGGCCGCUGGUGAAAAAGGGUGGUCCAAGCCGCACGACCGGUCCGUAUCCAAUCUUUUCCUGGUGUGGAAGCGAUGACACCUUUGACAUCGUCAUGCCAACGUACGACAUCACCGAAUCAACGCUGGAGAACAUGGGCCGCGUGAUGCUUGAUAUGCUCUCGAUCCAACGGCGGGGACUUCCAUGGGCGGAAAAACACGCCAAAGCUUUCUGGCGCGGACGAGAUGCACGGCGCGAGCGGCUGGAGCUGGUAGCACUAUCCCGACGCCAUCCGGAGCUGCUGAACGCGUCGCUCACAAACUUUUUCUUCUUCCGCGAUGAGGAAAGCGAGUUUGGACCGCGCGUUGCUCACAUUUCCAUGCACGAUUUCUUCGACUAUCGCUAUCAGGUGAAUGUGGACGGUACGGUUGCAGCGUACCGAUUGCCAUAUCUGUUGGCCGGCAGUUCGGUGGUAUUGAAGCAGAACUCGUUCUACUACGAACACUUUUACCGCAAACUGGUGCCGAUGCGACACUACAUACCGUUCGAGGCGGAUCUGUCCGAUUUGGUGCGCCAGAUCGAAUGGGCUCGGGAAAAUGAUGAAAAGGCACGGGAAAUUCGUGAUAAUGCGAACGCGUUUAUUAACGCCAAUCUGUUACCGUUGGACAUUUACUGCUACCACGCGUUGCUGUUUAAGGAGUAUGCCAAAUAUAUCGUUAGCCCGAUACAGGUACAACCGGGCAUGGAGAAGAUUGAACAACCCGAAGAAGCGUACCACUGUCCGUGCGAGCGGACGACACUACCGAGGGACGAGCUGUAA